CACAGUCGUUAUCAAGCGUUUGACGCGUCUAGAACACGCUUCUCGGUAAUAAUACAGAUUGUACGUAGAUUUGUAUAUAAGUACUUUACGAAACAUUGAAUUUAUACAAACAAGUCGUUUUAAGAUACGGAAAUAAAAAUCCGUCCGUUUAUCAAGUGAAAUAUUAAGAAUAAAGGAAACAGGAGCCGGUGUUCGAUUCUAUUAAAUCAUAAAUGUAGAUCGCGUGUUGGUAAAACUCCUUACCAUGGUUUGAUUGCUAUGCUUUAAGAAGUUCGAUUACUGCAUCUAGGCGCCAAAAAGACAAUACCGCAAUCAACUACGAAAGAUAAGAAGGUCAAAGUUCGGUGCGUUAUAUACGAAAUACUUAUGUACGUUUAUGAGUAAAUAUCAGAAGUGUUUUAAAUUUUGAACAAUUGUUUCGGCUAAUACAUACAAACAUAUAUUUAUGCAGUUAAUCUUAAAACAAAACUAAUACUAAAAACAAAACAUCUGCAUCUAAUAAUUGUUGACACGCGCCGUUCUUGGCUUUGAUGACCGUUCCUUUGAAAUAUUAUAUUUUUUACUAUUUUUUAAUAAAUGAGAGCAAAGGCUAUCAGCCAUCGAGUGUGGAACCAAAUCAAGUGCAAUAUUUAAACGCCUGCAUUCAACUGCCUGCCAUACUUUUUUAUUUCGUUUAAAGGUCAAACAAAUAUUUCGAAAUGCCGAAGAAGGCAGAUAGUCUGAAAAAAUGGCAGCAAAACAAUCGCAAAGUGAUUGUUGGCAUUGUUGGUUUUUGUUUGAGUAUUUUUGGCGUUUUGUGCGGCAUGUUUUGGGAGCAGAUCUUCAAUGGCAUAAUGGAGAAGGAAAUGAUCUUACGCCCUAACUCAGAGGUAUACGACAAGUGGAAAAGUCCACCUAUGACUUUGAGCUUAGACAUUUACCUCUAUAAUUGGACGAAUCCCGAAGAUUUCAAAAAUCUCAGCACAAAACCGAAUUUCGAGCAACUCGGUCCUUAUCGCUUCACCGAGAAGCAGGAUAAAGUUAACAUACAGUGGAAUCCUGCGAAUGCAUCGGUGACGUAUCGCAAAAAAAGCGAUUUCUACUUUGAUGCGAAGGGUAGCAAUGGCAGUUUGGAUGAUGUGAUAGUCACCUUGAAUGCUGUAGCACUGUCCGCUGCCGGUAAGGCCAAACGUUGGAACCCUGUACGACGCAAUUUGGUGGAUGUGGGCUUAAAAUUAUAUGGCCAAGAAAUGUCUAUAACGCGGACAAUCGAUGAGAUGCUCUUUACUGGUUACAGCGAUGAUAUGUUGGAUAUGGCGCGUGCCAUGCCACUCUUUGGCAAGGAUGUUGAGGUGCCAUUCGAUAAAUUUGGUUGGUUUUACACGCGAAAUGGCAGCACCGAUUUAACUGGCGUCUUCAAUGUCUACACUGGCGCAGAUGACAUUUCGAAAAUCGGACAGAUGCACACAUGGAACUACAAACACCAUACUGGCUACUUUCAAUCGACUUGUGGACUCGUUAACGGUUCAGCGGGCGAAUUUCAUCCACCAUAUUUAAAGCAGUAUGGCAGCGUAUCAUUUUUCACGCCCGAUUUAUGUCGUACAGUGCCAUUGGAUUAUUUGGAAACCGCAGAGAUAGAGGGCUUACUUGGCUACAAGUACCAUGGUGGAGUGCGAUCUGUCGAUAAUGGCACUCUAUAUCCUGAGAACACCUGCUUCUGCGGCGGUCAGUGUGUUCCUUCAGGAGUUAUGAAUAUUUCAUCCUGUCGCUUUGGCUCGCCUGUGUUCAUGUCCUUUCCUCAUUUCUACAAUGCUGAUCCGUACUAUGUGCAACAAGUUGAUGGCAUGCAGCCUGAGCAAGAUAAACAUGAAUUCUAUAUGAUUUUGGAGCCGCGUACCGGAGUUGCUUUGGAGGUGGCAGCGCGUUUCCAAGUCAAUAUGCUUGUGGAGCCCAUCAAAGGCAUAACCCUUUACGAGAAUGUGCCGCGCGUAUUCUUUCCAUUGAUUUGGUUUGAGCAGAAGGUACGCAUAACACCCGAUCUCGCCGCCGAUCUGCAACUGUUGCCGAAAGUUCUCAUGGGCGGCCAAAUUUUCGCCUGUAUUUGCUUUGGUGUUGGCUUAAUAUUGCUUUGUUGGUAUCCCAUUGAAUUGCUUUGGACGCGUCAGCGAUCUGUUGAUCUCAAAUCCACACCGACAACAGUGGAAAAUGGCAAACAACUAGCGAAAUUUUCCAGCGUCGAAGAAUUGAAAAACCGACCACCACCUGUUGUCACGGCGAAUAAUAACAAAACACUUGACAGCUCGCCGUUGUUGGAGCGCGGCAAUGGCAAGAGCGCCACAAUUGUAUCCAAGUCGGAGACAAACGAAAGUGUUGCCACUGACAAAACGGCUGUAAGCAACGACGCAAAAGAGUAAUAAAGCGAGGGAAGCGUAGUGUGUUUUUUGCGGGAAUUUCCCAAAUAAUCGUCCUAUUGUAUGCCUUUUUCCAUUAGAAUUAGUAGUUCGUAAUUAAACUAUAGUUUUUUGUUAAAUUUUAUACAGCGUAGUUAUGUAAGUGCAACUGGUGAUCUAGCAGAACUGUUGGUUACUCAAAUUUUUAUUUGAUAAUUGCCAUUAGAUUGUUAAUUAUAGUUAUGGAAAUUUGUAAACGGAAUACUCCAGUUAAAUGAAAACGAAUGCGUUUUGUAUAAAGCGAGCGAUUACUAUCUAAACCUGUAAAGACAAUAUAAGUAUAAGAAAUCAGCAAAAUGAAUUUGUAUUUGUAACGAAAAAUUUUAAUUUUACUCAUACUUACCUAUAUGAGAGCAGAUAUUGAAAUGUUAGUGGGUAACAAUCGGCAUUGAAUGGCAAUAUUUUUAAUGAUAGUAGCUAGUUUUUACAUACCAUAUAUACAAAAGUUUAGAGCAAAAGAGAUGUGAUAUAUUAAAUGUCUAAAAACAAAAGUGGCCUCAAAUCAAAGCAGAUAUUACCAGCAAUAAGUCUACCAAAAUAUUUUUUAUAAGAAAAAAUGAUUACUAGUGCGAUUUUGUACUUUUAUAUGAGACAAAAAAUAUUUUCUUAUAAAUGACACAAUUUCUAUUCUCAAAAUAAUAUAAUAAUGCAUAUACAUAAGUAUGAAAAAAUAUGAUAAAAAUUAAACCUACAAAAUAUCGCCUAAAUAUAGAAUUACAUUCCUUGAUGGCUAGCACUUUUAAGCUGAAAAAUAGGUACAUUUACGAAGAUAUGUAAAUGCAAAAAUAAAUUUUAAACUCAAAGUUAAAUUUUAUUACAUUGCAAUAAAUCCCACAAGCAUUCAGUCUUUUUUAACAUUACUGUGGAAACCGUUAAAUGGACUUCAGGAUGCAUGAAAUAUAAAAAUACUUUAGUCAUAGUUAGUUGUACUUUAGAAUGCGUUACAUAUACAGUGCCGGACAAAAUUAUAGGCACAAUAAGCAUUCCUCAUUCAUUUAAGGAAUUACAACAUUUGCGUAAUGUUCUCCGUCUUCGUUUCAAUUACAUGUUAUUCAUCCUUUAAUUCAAUUUUUAAACCUAGUUUUAUAGUUAUUAUAUUUGUUACGACAAGGUGAUAGAAUCUAAAAUGUUAAAAAUUUGAGUUUUCAUGAGGGCAAAAGUAUAGGCAUAAUUUUUCAUUCUUUCCUAUUUCUAACACUCAGUUUUUGUUAUUUUUGAUUUGAAAAGCUUGAUUCCAUUGUCGUUAUUGUGCUUAUAUUUAUGUCCGUCACUGUACUUUAGAAUAGUUCAUUUCAAAUUAUAUGCAUCGAUCGGAUUCUAAAGUACAAAGGACUUCUCUGAAGUUUACUUAACGCUUUCUGAAUGACAAUUGAAUUUAUUGCAGUGAAUUUGUCCGUUUUUGCGGUAGAGUUGAAGCAGGUGUACAUAAAAUAUUUCUCAAAAAUUGAAUCCCAUUUAAAUAAAUAUGUUUUUGUAUUCGUUCAAUCGAAUAUGUUUAUGAUUGCCUUUUACUCGCCGUAAGUUUUAACAUUUGCUGUUUGUAAUUACUUUGUAACUUACUUACUUUUAGUUAUUAUUUUAAAUUUUCUUAGAAAUAAAGAUAAAUAAAUGAAUUUAUAUAUAA